AUGAGUAAUAAAGUAUGUGAAGUUGAUUUAAAGAUUGAAAAAACAUCUAAACGACAACGAGAAUAUAUUUAUAAUUUAUUAUUGAAUAAUAACUCAAAAGUAAUAACACAACAUAUUAACUUACCAAAAAUUAACACCAACUUAUUCAAUGAUGAAGGUGUGAAAAAGUAUCCGAAUAAAACAAUGAAACAAUCAGAUCAUGAAAAGAUACUAUCAAUUGAACAAUUGAAUAAAAAAUAUGAUUAUUUAAAAAAACAUAGUAAAAAGCCAUAUAUACCGAUGGAUGCAUUGAAAAAGACUCAUUGGAUAGAGAAAUAUCAUAAAAAUAUUGUAAAUACAACAGAUGAAUUAAAAAAAGUCACUGAUGAAACCAGUACACAUUUAUUUAUCCCAAUAAAACGUAAAAAGUCUACAAUUAAUUGGAUAACUAAGAAUGUAAUGGCUGCAAUGACAUCGAAACCAGGUGAUCGUUUACUAUUGAAAGGCAAUAAAUGUAUAGUUGAUGAUAUAUAUAAACAUAAACUUGGUGAAAUACCAAAAUAUUUAAUAAAACAUUAUUCCAAUGAAAAUUUAUUAACUAGACAACAACGUGAACAAUUAUUGAAUCGAUUAAAAUCAGUCUGGGAUAAAAAUAAUCGAAUAUAUCUUGAAUUGAUAUCCAUUAAUGAUACAUUGAAAGGUAAAGCUUAUAAAUUAUACUUAGAGAAAAAAUUGGAUUCCUUAAAAAAGGAUAUAGAAUUGAUUGAAAAUCAUCAGUUUAUCUAUGUUGAAGCACCAAAAGAAAUGAAACAGUAG